AUUGAGAAGAACUGAGAAUGAUGAAAUAUGUGUCCCAGGCAGCAACUCAGCCGACCUGUUCCACUGGACCACCGCUACCACCAUGAAAGUCCUCUCCAACACCACCACCACCACCAAGGCGGUGCUGCAGGCCGUCAGUGAUGGGCAGUGGUGGAAGAAGUCUUUGGCUUAUCUACGACCCCUUCAAGGUCAAGAAUUUGGUGGUGUUUAUCAAAUUGGAACCAGAGCCAAUGAAGGCCUAGAAAAACAAGGCUGUCAUCCUUUUUAUGAAUCUGUCAUCUCCAAUCCCUUUGUUGUAGAGUCUGAAGUGACCUAUGACACCUAUCAGCAUAUCCCGGUAGAAAGCCUUGCAGAAGUGUUGCUGAGAACUGGGAAACUGGCAGAAACUAAAACCGAAGGAGAAGAAGUAUUUCCAACAACAGAAGUUCUCUUACAGCUAGCAAGUGACGCAUUACCAAAUGAUAUGACCUUGGCUCUUGCUUAUCUCCUGGCCUUACCACAGGUGUUAGACGCUAACAAGUGCUUUGAAAAGCAGUCCCACUCCGCUCUCUCUCUCCAAUUGGCAGCCUAUUACUAUAGCCUCCAGAUCUACGCCCAGUUGGCUCCAUGUUUCAGGGACAAAUGCCAUCCUCUUUACAGGGCUGAUCCCAAAGAACUGAUCAAGAUGGUCAGCAGGCAUGUGACUCUGUAUGGACACGAGGCCUGGCCCGAGGACCUUGCUGCACUGACCAAGCAGUUGCACUACUACAAUGAACGCCUGCUGGACUUCACUCAGGCUCAGGUCCUCCAGGGCCUGCGGAAGGGUGUGGAUGUGCAGCGGUUCACGGCCGAUGACCAGUACAAAAGGGAAACCAUCCUUGGCCUGGCAGAGACGCUGGAGGAAAAUGUCUACAGCAUCGCUCUUUCUCUGGCCCAGCGCUACAGCGUCUCCCGUUGGGAGGUUUUUAUGACCCAUUUGGAGUUCCUGUUCACAGACAGUGGUUUGUCCACAGUAGAAAUUGAAAACCGCGCCCAGUCCCUUCGUCUCUUUGAGACACUGAAGACUGACCCUGAUGGCUUUCACAAGCACAUGGCCAAGUAUAUUUACCCCACGAUCGGCGGCUUUGAUCACGAAAGGCUGCUAUACUAUUUCACUCUGCUGGAGAGCUGUGGCUGUGCGGAUCUCGGGAAGUACGCCAUUAAACCGGAAACCCAUGUUCGGCUACUGAAGAAAUUUAAGGUAGUGGCAUCAGGUCUUGAUUACAAAAAGCUGACUGAUGAAAACAUGAAUCCUCUUGAGGCAUUGGAGCCAAUCCUUUCAAGUCAGAAUAUCUUAUCCAUUUCCAAACUUGUUCCCAAAAUCCCUGGAAAGGAUGGCCGCAUGCUUUCCCCAAGCUCUCUGUACACCAUCUGGUUACAGAAGCUGUUCUGGACUGGAGACCCUCACCUCAUUAAACAAGUCCCGGCGUCCCCCCCAGAGUGGCUGCAUGCCUAUGACGUCUGCAUGAAGUACUUCGAUCGCCUCCUCCCAGGCGACCUCAUCACUGUGGUGGAUGAAGUGACCUUUUCUCCAAAAGCUGUGACCAAGCUGUCUCUGGAAGCACGUAAAGAAAUGACUGGAAAGGCUAUUAAGGCAGUCAAACAUUUUAUUGAAAAGCCACGAAAAAGAAGUUCAGAAGAAGACACUGAGGAGGCUGGCGGGUCUGGGGUGACCUAUGCAGAUGCCUUGAAUCAUCUGGAGCAAUCACUGGCACACCUGGAAACCCUUGACCACAGCUUCAUCAUUUCUCUGAAGAACAGUGAGCAGGAAACGUUGCAGAAAUACGGUUACCUCUAUGAUCUGUCUCGGUCAGAAAAAGAGAAAGUUUACAACCAAGCUGUGGCCAUGUGUCUAGAUGGUCAGCCUCUAAGAAUGAUUCAGCAGCUGCUGGAGGUGGCUGUGGGCCCUCUUGACAUUUCGCCCAAGGAAAUCGUGCAGAGUGCAGUAACGAAAAUCAUCUCUGCAUUGAGUGGAGGCAGUGAUGACCUCGGGGGCCUGGCGGACCCGCUCCACGUCCUGGAAGGAGUUGUUGCCGCGGUCCAUGCCAGUGUGGACGAAGGAGAAGAGCUGGUGUCCUCCGAGGACCUGCUGGAGUGGCUGCGGCCUUUCUGUGCCAACGACGCCUGGCCCGUGCGGCCCCGCAUUCAUGUGCUGCAGAUUCUGGGACAGUCAUUUCACCUGACUGAGGAGGAUGGCAAGCUCCUCGUGUUCUUUAGAACGGAGGCCAUCCUCAAAGCCACCUGGCCCCAGAGACAGGUGGACUUAGCUGAUGUGGAGGAUGAAGAGAAGCGCUGUGAGCUCUUCACGGAGCUCCUGGAGGCCAGUCACCAGGAGGUGGAGUUCCAGCACCUGGUUUUGCUCCUGCAGGCUUGGCCACCUAUGAAACGGGAGUACACCGUGACCAAUAAUCCGUGGGUGAGACUGGCCACAGCGAUGCUUACCAGAUGUACGACGGAGAGCAAGGAAAGGCUGGGGAAUGAAGUUUUGAAAAUCUGCCGCGCUCUGUAUAACACAGAGCAGAUGCUGCCUGCCGAGGGGGUGAAGGAGCUGUGCUCACUGCUGCUUGAUCAGGCCCUGCUGCUCCCAUCGCUGAAGCUUCUCCUGGAAAGCCCGGACGAACGUCUGCAUGCUAUGGCCCUGGAUCACAUCACCGCCAUUGCUAAGGUGAAUGAUUCAAACUGUGACCAGGAACUUCUUUCCCUGCUCCUGGAGGCCAAGCUCUUGGUGAAGUGCCUCUCCACUCCCUUCUACCCGCGUCUCGUCGGGCACCUGCUGGCCAGCCCCCAGCCUGGGCGCUGGGACCCUGAGGAGCUGGCCCAACAGCUGUGGGAGGCCGGCCAUGAGGCUGAAGCUGGCUCACUCCUCCUGGCUGUGCGGGGCACCCAUCGGGCCUUGAGGACCUUCAGCAUGGCCCUGGGCGCAGCGCAGCUGUGGGUUGAGCACGCCCACCCGCGCCCACCUCCGUCACCUCCCUGAGGAGAGCCUCCCGAGCCCAGUGCUGUCCCCAGAGGCGACACAUGUACUUAUAGAUGGUUCUCGGUGGUUCCAGAGAAUUGCAAAUAAAGCUGUAUAUAAAUGAUGAACAA